AUGAAAACUUGGUCUCGUCAGGAAGAAAAAGCCUUUGAGACUCCAGUUUUUGAGAAUUUUAAGCAAGCUAAGAAAAUAGUUGAAGAUCACGAAAAUCGAGAAAUAGCACACAAUUUUAUGCAAAAAAAAAGAGCAGCCAUCGAAUUUUUUACCGAAGCUUGGGAAACGGCAGCAGAUUUCUACCGGCAAGAAAUAUUAGGAAUUACCCCCGACCCUGACCAAAAGGACAGCGACAUGAUUGGUGAGGCACUCACUAAAAUUAAGAGAGAUGACAGCGUCGAAGAUUAUCGAAAAUACCAAGCCAUUGAUGCUGCUAAGUUUUUAGAAGAAGAAGAUAUUUUUGACAUCGAACAAGAGGCAGUUGCUGAUAAAGUUCGGUCAAAUAGCAUUUUUGUAAAACUAUUAAAAGAAAAAAACGAAAUUAAUAAACUAGAAAUACUGAAAUUAUUAAUUCUUGCUGAUGAACCUGUGAGCGAAUACAGAGAAAAAGCAACAAGAAGAGCAAUAAAAAUCACUAAGGAAAUAUUAAAUGAGGGAGAAAACGAAGAAAAGCGACUGGAAUUAUUUAAAAAUGCUUUGGGACAGACUAAAAAAGUUGACCGUGAUAAGUCUCCGGAAAGAGAAAGCAAAGAUAAUGAUUUAUCUCCGCUGAAAUUUUACCACAAAGAUCAGCCACAUUACGAAUUAUCUAACUUUUAUUAUAAUGAGCAAAGUAAAAGCACAGCCGGAAUCACCGGAGAAGCAAAAUAUCCCAUUUCUUGCCACAUACCUAAUGAGUUAAACGAAAAAGGGGAAGCGGUAGAAGAGAAAGAAUUAUUUGGUAGAAUCAACCAGAUUUUUAAUUUUCAAAGUCCAAGCGAAAUACGAGAGUUUGCUGAUGAAAUUAAAUUUCAAACCAGAGGAGACUGA